UACAAUACAAUACAAUUGUUUUAUUAAGAAAAACAAAAUGAAUAAAUCUGCUUAUCUUGGAGAAUCAAGUAUUCAGAUGUUGCAUACCUGGAUCAGAGAUAUUUGUGAUCCUGACUUCAUCUGUAAAACAAUCCUUGAUCAAAUAAUUUUGGACCAACUAGUUAAAGAAGGGAUGGAAAUUGAUACAACUGGAAUACCGUGGAUGAAUCAGCUUGAAGAUAUCAGAAAAAAUUACGAAAAAAAGGAUGGAUUUGUUCGCUCCGAACAUGAAGAUGGGUCGAUAUUUGAUGCUUGUUUUAAGGACAAGAAGCCCCACGGGGUGAUCAGGAAAAUGAAUGGGCUUGGGGACCUAGAAUUCUACGGUUGCAUUGCAUAUGGAAAAUUAUUGGGUGUCUGCUGGAAAAGUGUACCAGGAGGAGGGUUUAUGAUCUCUAGUAAUGUAGUAUUCUCAGGACCAGGAACUAUCUAUCUAUAUCCAGAUUGUAGAUUAGGGUUUUCUGGAACCUUUAAGGAUUGUCUCCUGGUUUCUGGUCUUCUCAUUGAAGUAACAGGUUUUGAAUCUGAUGAGCGGCUUCAGGGUUCUAUUAUCAGGCCUGUUACUUCAACAAUAUCCAAUCAGGAAUACAAAAUGGAUAUAUCGUCUUCUGAGCUCUUUUCAUCUUUUCCUCUUCUUGCAGAACCGUAUGAAUCUAUCUUCGUAGAGGUCGGAGAAAGUAGAAUCCCGGGUGCGGGCCAGGGACUGUUUGCCAAGGUUGAUAUAGCUUUCGGAACUGUUAUUGGUUUUUAUAAUGGACACAAGGUGGCAGCAGAACAUGAUUUCGAUACAACAUCGCCUUAUAGAAUUUCACUGGACAAAGACAUAGAUUUAGAUAUUCCAGAGCAUUUGACCAACUUGGAUAGAUAUCAGGCGACUUUAGGCCAUAAGGUCUGUCACAGUUUUGAUCCUAACUCUAAUACAGAUUUGUUUCUGCAUCCAAGGUUUGGAUUGAUCAGAUGUAUAGUGACUAUAAAGAAUAUAGAGGCGGGAAGCGAAGUUACAAUAAAUUACAGUUAUGAUAUGACAACUGCGCCUGAUUGGUAUAGAAUAGCUUGGGCGAAGCAUCAGAAGAAUGUUCGAGGUUUACCCGACUGGAGGAUGGCAAUGUUAAAAUCUGGAAUUAAUAUUUUUGAAAAAUAAAUGAUUAAUUAUUCCA